GCAGAGAAGUACCGUGUACCGCGGUUCUCCGGGUACCGCAUGUACCACAUUCACCUGUCUUGAGUCGUACGGGUAGCUAUUGACCGCGCGCUGGUACUGCCGAGAGUUUUUCUUUUAAAAAUACCGCGAGAAAGUGCAGUGAAAACUUGGUUUUUCUUUUUAAAAAACGAAGAGAAGGUUUUGGUUAGAACUACUUAAUAGCCAGGAAUGGUGGAGCGACAACAGGAAAGGCCCAUUUCUGUUGGACAAAUGAAGCCAACAUGAACGAGUUCCUCGCCAGAUUGUUCCUUGUUUUGGCCUUUGUGAUAAAAGAAAUAUACGGAUGUCAAUUCUACCCUCCCGGAGAGUACCUGAGAUUUGUACGAGUACCUGAAAACUUAAGAGUAGGCGAGGAAGUACUCAGAAUAGAUGUCUUCCCCAGAAACAACCUACAUUUACUCCCAGUGGACAAAAAUGAAGAUGUCAACUAUUUCACCUACAGAGACCUUAAUAAAACUAGCGUAGCUUUAAUUCUAGCCAAGUCACUAGAAGACUUGGUUGACACAGCAGUACCAAGGAAUGUGCUCAAAUUUAAGCUAAGUUGUGAUUACCAUGAUGGUGAAGAUACGAUAACAUCAUCACUGUCUGUGACUGUGUAUGUAGAGGACAUUAAUGAUCAUGCUCCUAUGUUUAUUGGCGCACCCUAUAGUGUUCAAGUUGAUGAGCAAUUUCCUGUAGGACUUGCUGUUUUUAGAAAUAUCAAAGCAGUGGACAGGGACAAACCAAAUACACCAAAUUCCGAUGUCCAGUUUGCCAUAGUUUCAGGGAACGAUAGGGGUAAAUUCGCCCUGGAAAAUACCCAUCAACCUAACCUCAUUCUUCGUAGAGCUUUAGACUAUGACGCUGGUGAUCGUACCUUUAUUUUGACUAUAUCUGCCACGGAUCGCGGGUCUCCACCAAGAAGUUCCAAUGCUACAGUGACAAUUCAAGUGAAUGACAACGAUGAUUUACCACCGAAAUUUACCAAAGGUGUCUACAGAACAAGGAUACAGGAAUUUUAUCCUAUUACUGGUGCCAAAAUACACGAAUCCUUGACAUUCGUACCUCCAAUAUUUGCCUUUGACCAAGAUUUCGCGAUAGACACACGAAUCCGGUACGACAUCCUAGCAGGAAACGAACGAAGACUCUUCUUCCUGGACAAGGACAACGGUACCUUAUUCCUAGAACGCGAAAUAGACCUAGAAGCUGAACGUUCCCUACCAGCAAACACCUUUGUCCUACAAAUCCAGGCUUCCCAAGUCGAUAACCCUCUCAAAGCUGGAGUGGCUCGCGUGGAAAUCGAGGUUAUAGACCUCAACGACAACCUGCCUGAGUUUGAGGUCGAUUUCUACAACAUCAGUAUAGUGGAAAAUCUGCCUAAUGGGUUCAGUGUGCUGCAAAUUAUUGCAACUGAUCAGGAUCAGGGAGAUAAUGCUGAGUUUUCGUAUCAGUUGGAGGAUAAAAGUGGGGCGUUUACUCUGGAUUCAAGGACUGGAUGGUUGACGGUGAGAAACCAGAGUAUGCUGGACAGAGAAAAGCGUUCUGCAAUUGCCAUGAGAGUUUUCGCAAAAGAAAAAGUACCCAGCGUUGUAUCAAACAAAAUCGACGCAGCAUCAGUAGGAAUCGAAGUAACAUUACUAGACGCAAACGACAAUAGUCCAACAUUCAUCCCGGCAAAUCUGUACGAGUUUGUGGUCAGUACAGAAGCCAAGAAAGGCGAUCUUGUUGGCCUAGUACGAGCAAUUGAUCCAGAUUUGGGUACAAAUGGGUUGGUAACUUAUUCCCUUCAAAAAGCACCAAAUAGCAGUACUGCUUUCAUUGUUGAACCGCUGAAAGGGCAGAUUUUUGUUGAAGAUGACGAGCUUUCUAUAGGGAAGCAUUUACUGUUUUUGGAAGCAGCAGAUCAGCCGGUGAAUCCAAGCGAAAAACGGACAUCUCUUGCUGUUGUCAGUGUCAUUGUUCGAGAUCCUAAAGCUGGUAACGGCUAUCCGGAGUUUGUAGGAGCUCCGUACGAAUUCUGGGUGGGAGCUACAGUUGGAAUUGGCACCAGCGUUGGGCAGAUUCGUGUUGCCGAGGUAACGGAACCAGGGCAAUUAACCUUUGAUCUCUUGCACAGCUACCACGAAGGAGUACCAUUUGCUGUAGAAGAAAAGUCAGGUGUGAUCACAGUGAUAGACGAACUGAACAAGUACAAUCGUUCAAAUUAUGACUUUGAAGGUGUCGCUAGUGAUGGAAAUAAAGUUUCCUUGAUCACCAACGUCACUUUACACGUAGUAGACCCUAAAGAUGGCCAAACAGUUCUUAUGAAAACUGGAAACGAGGUUUUGGAGUUCCACAUUAAAGAAAACCAACCAAACAUGAUCAUAGGAAGACUUGGCUUCAAAGGAAACGGUACAAACUCUCUCAAAUUCACCAUAGCCAACCAGAAAGACGUCACAGACGUUAUAGCCAUCACCAGUGAUGGAACUCUUCACACCUUAAGAUCACUAGACAGAGAAACUCGCGAUAUUUACAGACUCACCGUCAUAGCACAGUACAGUAAAGGUGAAGUACUAGGAACUGGGAUUUACCAGGUUGUCAUAACUGUAGAUGAUGAAAAUGAUAACAAGCCUACGUUUGAACGGAGUGAAUAUCGAGGAAGAAUUAAGGAAAACGCUUUGACAAGUACAGAAAUUGAUCUAGAUUUUCCUGUUCAUGCUACAGACGCUGACACUGGAGCAAACGGUCAGUUUACUGUCACGUUAUUUGGCGAAGGCAGUGAAAUGUUUAGACUAGAUAAAAAUACUGGUAAAAUCCAAUUUGUUGGUGCUGCAAGUCCUUUGGAUAGAGAAACAGUUUCUGAAUACAAUCUAAGACUGGUUGCUAAAGAUAAAGGAGGAUUAUACAGUGAGGUUCCUUUGACAAUUCAGAUAGAAGACAUCAAUGACAAUGCUCCGAUGUUCGGUGAAAUUGAUAUUUAUACUGAGAAAGGCGUUAAAGUACUAGAUUAUGAUAAAACAGGAAAUAGAGUGGGGCAUUUUGAGCAAAUACAUGAUCCAAAUGUUACUAAGUUUGGACUUACUCAAGCUUAUUUGAGAGCUAAGAUUCCUAAACCGAAGGUAUCACCUUUGGUGUCUGUACCAGAAGAUAUUGGAGUUGGCAAUCAAGUGCUGAAGCUGAUAGCCACAGACAAAGACGCCGGUGAGAACGCCAUGGUAAAAUACGAGAUGGUCUCAGAAACUUUCAUACCCAACGACAAAUCUUCUGAACCUUUCCAUCUGAUCCAGUACUUCAUGGUACACCCAACUACUGGAGAGAUAUCAGUAACCAAAACACUUCCGCCUGAAUCAGAGUUUAGAUUAAAUGUUUCGGCCUCUGACUUGGGGUUGUUGAAAGACUACAUUUUGGUGCGUAUUGUCGUGAAGGAUGUGAAUGAUCAUACCCCUGUAUUUAAGAAGUCUUGGUAUAACUUUGAUACAGAGGAAGCGGAUUAUAGUAAAAAAGUUUUGGGAAAAAUUGAGGCAAUGGAUGCGGAUUAUGGUGCCAACGCAAACAUAUCCUACUUCAUAAAGAGUGAAAACAAUGAAUCUGUGCCUUUUGCCAUAUCUACUUACACAGGACAGCUGAGUGUUGAGGGACAAUUAGAUAGAGAAAUCAGAGACAGAUACUCGUUUGUGGUUGUAGCCAAAGAUAACCCGCUAGAUGGAAAGUCAAUGAGCAGUUCUGUUAACGUAGAAGUCAAUGUUUUGGAUGUCAAUGAUAAUGCCCCUGUAUUUUAUGGGUACGAUGAUAUGUUGUCUGAAAAUGGUAACAGGACGCCUGUUUAUUAUGCUACAGUUUCAGAAAACAGCCCUAUUGGUACUCCAAUCACCAGGGUAUUCGCAAACGAUUCCGACUUCAGCGGGAAUGGAAAUGGACUCAUUCUUUUUGACAUUCCCUUCCAAAAAGGACGUCUAAACCUAUUUUCGGUAGACUCCAAAGAAGGGAUCAUCACAACCAUCGGAAAACUUGACUACGAAACUCAAAAAAGCCACAAUGUGACCAUAGUUGCCUCAGAUCUGGGCUCACCAAGUCUCAGUGCUACAGCCUUAUUAAUGGUGUCAGUCAUAGAUGUCCCAGAAGACGUCCAGACAACUGACAGUCCAGUAUUCGCUCAUCGCUACUACGAAAUAGAAGUAGAAGAAAACUCUGAUGUACCUCUUCAACUCCUAACCCUUAACGUCACAGAAUCAUAUAGAUCUCACCAACUUCGUUACAGUCUGGUGGGUGAUGAUGGAGAUGGUAUGUUCUCUAUAGAUUCAAAGAAUGGAAGUAUUUUACUUCUAAGAAGUCCAGACAGAGAGGAAAAAGCGUUGUAUGAACUGGUAGUACGUCUGGAUCAGUUUAAAGUUGGUAGAGAUAUGGCUGUUGUGGUGUAUCCCGUUACCAAUGACAGACUAGGCAAUUUGGGUUUAAAUGAAGUUAAAGUAAUAGUAAGGAUCACUGAUAAAAAUGACAAUGUUCCCAAAUUCAGCGUUAUGGGAAGACCAAUAGUUGCAGCUAUUCCAACAACAGCAGCUUAUGGAUAUGACGUCCUCAAAUUGCAUGCUGCGGAUCCGGAUUUGGGAUUAAAUGGGGAAGUUCGUUAUCAGAUUUUAAGUAGAUCCGAUGAUGCAAACAGAAGAUUUACCAUAGAUUCUUCUUCCGGACAGGUUAGAGCUAUUGCAUCGUUCUUAAAUGAUGCUGGAAAAGUAUUUGGGUUUGAUGUUAAAGCUACUGAUAGACGAGGGGCUGAUGAUGGACAUAGUUCCAUAGCUAAUGUUUUGGUUUACGUCUUGGAUGAACAGAAACAACUUAUAAUGGUGAUGGGAAUGAAACCUACUGAUGUCGAAAGUAACAUGAACAACAUUACUAUGGCCUUAUUCAAUGCUACAGGGUACGACAUAAGAGUCAGAAAGCUGGAACCGCACAACGAACGUAACCAAAUUGAUAGUACAGCAACUGACAUGUACUUGUACGCUGUGGACCCAUCACUGAACACUGUCAUCGACAUGACACAACUUGAAAAAAUUCUGUCAGUCAAACAACAAGAAAUAGAGCACAGACUAGAUGGUUCAAAAGUUUUAUCACUAUCCAGUGGAAACACUAUUAUCCCUGACAGACCAUAUACCAGAACACCAAAAUUGAUUCUAUCAUCCUUAGAAAUAGGAGUUAUAAUCUUAGGCUGUAUUGUCUUCCUUGGAGCUCUCAUAACAGCCAUUUGCGUGGCUUGUAGCCGAAGAAAAAAACGUAGAAGCCUAGAAAGCUAUUCCUCCACCCUUGGUUACGCUCUAGCUUCAUCAAAGACAGGUCUAUACCCUCCUGGAUACGGUACGCCGGUUCCAUAUCCAGACGUCGGAUCAGUCGACAUGAAUAUGGGGUACCAUACUGGUCAAAGGAGUCACCAUCACGACAUCUCGUGUCCGAGGUACGGAACUAGACCCAGUGGUUAUAGAGGUCAUUCUCGUAGCUCUGUGGGUCUGGAAAAGUCGAUCACGAGUCUGCAUUCCAGUGGGCAUGAUUCUGGAAUUGCGGACGCGACCAUUGUGCAUCCUUGUCAUUGUGGCCAUAGCAGCAGUAGGAGCUCAGAGGGGAGCACCAACAGUUAUGAGGAUUCCUUGCAGUCAAUUCCUCACAGCAGGAAACUAAGGGAUCCCACACCUGCCAUGCACCACCACAUCAGUCUGGGACCCGGUGGUGGUACCAACAACCACCACAACCGUCGUUCUAGGAACAGGUCCAUCUCCGAAGACAUCGUAGAUGCCGGUGGACUGCGCCAGAUCCAGGGAAUUAGCCAGAACCCACCUCCUGGACCAUCUGGACUGUUCCAUAAUGGUCCUUCGGCCUUGAGAAGGUCCACCGAACGACUGAUGAUGGUGGGACAGAUGAGCUGAAACGUCUGAAAGGAUAUUAUUUUUUUUUGUUUCAAUUUAACAUAACAGUUACCAUUCAAUGUGCAAUGAUGUAUGUAAAUAGUAGGUUUAAGGAAUGUGAAUGUGCAAUAUAUUGUUUAUUUUUGAUAUUAUAACGAAGAAAUAAAUAUGUUAGAAUGGUUGAAUUAGUUGGUUGUUUUAUAAAAAAUACUAUUUUUUGUACAAAUGUCAGUAAAAUUAUUAUUUUUUAAACGUGGGUAUAUUGCCAGUGUCUAAAAUGUAAUUUUAUGAAAUAUAUGUGAAAGUAGUAUACUUUUAACGCUUGAGUUAAACUUUCUUACUUUUAAAACUGGCUUGAAAAAUGUCUUACUUUUAACUCUUCUGUUAAAAGUCUCUUACUUUUAAAAAUGUCUUAAAAACGUCUUACUUUUAAUAAUUGUUUUAAAAAUGUCUUACUUUUAACACUUGUGUUAAAGCCUUACUUUUAAAACUUGUGUUAAAUGUGUCUUACUUUUAACACUUCUUUUAAGUGCCUUAUUUUUAACACUUGUAUUAAAAGUUAUCUUACUUUUAAAAAUGUCUUGAAAUAUCUUACUUUUAAAAAUGUCUUAAAAUGUCUUACUUUUAAGACUGGUGUUAAAAAUGUUUUACUUUUAAUACUUGUGUUAAAAGUAAGAUAUUUUUAAAAGUAAAAGACUUUUAACACAAAAUAAUCUUACUUUUAAUAAUUGUUUUAAAAGUGUCUUAUUUUUAACACUUGUGUUAAAGUCUCAGUUUUAAUAUUUGUGUUAAAUGUGUCUUACUUUUAACACUUCUUUUAAACGCCUUACUUUUAACACUUGUGUUAGAAGUCUCUUAUUUUAAAAAUGAUUUAAAAUAAAAUAUCUUACUUUUAACAUAAGUAUUAAAAGUAAGACAUUUAAAAAAUAUAUUAAAAGUAAGACAUUUUUAACACAAGUCUUAAAAGUAAGACAUUUUAAGACAUUUUUAAAAGUAAGACAUUUUUAAAAAGUCCUUUUUUAGAGUCAUUUGAACAAUUGUUUAAUGUUAAAAAGCAUUUUUUAGACAUUUACUGACCCUUGUAGAAGAAAAAUGGUGUUUUGGUUAUGAUAUAUGUGCUAAAAAUAGUUUUAUUUGUUAGAAGAUUGAAAUCUGAAGAUAAUCGUUCAUUUAAAACUAUUCAAAGCCUACCAACUAUAUCAAUCAAUUUACUCUGCUCAACAUAUAAAAUAUACAUAUAAAAACUGUAAAUACUGUAUAAUAAUAAAAAAAUAUAUAUAUAUAAAAGUGAU